AGUAGAUUACGUAUUGUUUUGUCUUCUACUUUUUUUUCCCUGUCUGAAAAUCUUUCGCUUUUUUUAGGGUUUGACUCUCGGACUCUUCGCGCUUCUUAACCUUAAUUUUGGGCGAAUGCAUAGAUGGUAAGAUGGAUGUAAACAGACACAAAUCUGGACGACUUUCCAGUUGUACUCCAAGCCAGAAUGCUGGUUCAGGGCUGGAAUUCUAUGAUAGUCGAAGUCAUUGCAGCAAGUUGUCCAUGAAUCAAAUGCAGGAAGAAGCUUGUUAUCUACGCCAAAAUCGUGAAGCUUUUAAUUUUCAUCCUGUCACCCUUUCACCCAACUGUAAAACAACACCCAUGGGCAUGUCUGCAGCUGCAUACUACUCGAACUUAGAAUAUGGGUCUUCAUUUAACAACCAGAGUAGUGGCUUUGUACCUGUUGGUCAAGAUGGGAAUACUAUGUUUUCACAUGUUUCAGUAAAGCACAUGCCCAGCGAGAUCAUUCCUUCUCCUGAGCCAAUCUCAUCUGUUACAGUUUGCUCUGAUGGAGAUUGGAACCUUGACAGGGAACUUUUUGACAGUGGACAUACUUUUACUGAGAACAGUCUACCACAUGUUAUUGAAUCAGCACCAGACAGUUGCAUCAAGCCCCAGCAUACUGCACCAAACACCUAUAGUGUGGAUGUUCCACCAUCACAUAGGCAGAAUUUGGGAUUAUCUAAUUCAAAUGUCAGGAUCCCAGAACAGGAUAUGAAACGUAUUCCUCAAGACUGCAUUGUUAUGCCUGGUAUGACUGUUGAUAAGCCCAGAUCGAAUAAUAGGUAUUUGUUUCAUCCUCAACUUCAGAUAGGUAACUCUGAACCUUCUGAUCAGCAUUCUCAUUUUAUGCUCUGCAAUGAGCCAUCUGAUUUGAGGUCACAUGGGUUCAUGGCAACAGAAAAAGCAUGUCACAGUCAUGUACCAAGUCAAAAGUCCUUGAACGUAAUCAGCUCAGAGCAACCGGAGUUUUCUGGUGUUCAGCAUGCUUCAGAUGAACCUGCUCCUAAUUCUUUUCCUAGUAGAACUUCACAGCAUUUGGGUUUAGGUCAUCUAUCUUCACAUGAUAUUCUAGUUUUAUAUGUCAAGUAUAAUGCACUUACAGUGAAUUUUGGGAGAGAGCAAGUUCCUUUUCUGAACAAUUUGCAUUCAUUGGUAUGCAAUGAUACAGUAUGCAGUUGUGACCGGUAUCGUUUGCUUAUAUCACAUUUUGAAAGUUGUUGCAACAGUAAUUGUAGUGUUUGCAAGCCUGUUCGAGACAAUAGAGUUCUGCAUUCUGUUGGCCCAAUCAGCACAGAAUCUGGGAAACCAAAGACUGGUCUUAUGCGGACUUUUCAUGAUAGAGAUUUUAAUGGCAUUACCUCUUCGUGUGAAGAUACACCUUCUUACAAACGAACGAAGGUCGAAAGUUCCUUUUUGCCUGAAAAUAUGGAUGUAGUUGCUCAGUCAGUAAAUAAAUGUUUUGGAGCUCCUCUUCGCACUGUGAAAGAUUCAACAGUAAUGAAUCAGAAGUUUACAAAUUCCAUAGGAAAUCCCUGCAACUUGGGUGCAGUUAGUGUUCUUGCUGCAGAUGAUGGCCAGAAAUCACAGUUCAGCAGUGAUUCUUUGGUGUCUGGGGAGCUUCACUCUAAGGAAGAUUCAACAGAGAUGAAUAAGGAACUUAGAAAUGUCAUAGGAGUUCCUGGCAGAACCAGUGCAACUGGGAACCAUGUUACUGAUGGUCCUCAGAAAUCAAGCUUUGACCACACUUCUUUGGUAUCUAAUGGGGUCAGUGGUUGUGAACUGCAGAAGGUGGAUAAUGAUAGUGGUAGUGGAGCUUCGAAUGACAAUACUGAAAAUUCUCUAGGGGUGAGUUCAGACAGGAUGCCUGUUCAUAAUGAAUCUGCCAAUGGUCAAGAAGAGGAUUCUAAAAGGAACAGAUCAGAAAUCAAAUGUGAUUUAGCUGAAUCUGCAGUUAGAUAUUUGUUCAGAAUAAAGUCAAACAACUCAAAGAGGCUGGGAGUGUCUUUUGUUGACUUUUUCACUGCCGAGCAGAUUAAAACACACAUUUGUAGUCUCAGACUACAUUUUGGACAGGGAUUAAUAGGGAAUGCAAUUACUCCUUCUAGCAUUGAGAAUACAUGCCAGUUAUGUGGCACCGAUAAGCUUGUGUUUAUCCCAAUGCCUAUGUAUUGCUCAUCUUGCGGUGUUCGUAUCAAGCGCAAUUUGGUAUUUUAUUAUUGGGCAGUGGAGGAAACGAGCAGACGAUAUUGUUUUUGUACUCUAUGCUUCAGGGCAUCUCGUGGUGGUAACAUCACAUUCCUGGGGCUAUCUAUUCCCAAAGCAAAGCUUCAGAAAGGAAAGAACAACGAGGAAAAUGAAGAAUCGUGGGUGCAAUGCGACAAGUGUGAAUGCUGGCAGCAUCAGAUAUGUGCUCUCUACAAUGCUAAAAAGGAUUUGGAAGGGAAAGCAAAGUAUAUAUGUCCGUACUGCCGUUUAAAAGAGAUAGAAUAUGGAGAGCAUGUGCCUUUCCCUGCUAUUGGUGCUAGGGAUCUACCAAGGACCAACUUGAGUGAUCAUAUUGAGGACAGGCUCUUCAGACUCCUUGAGCAAGAGAAAGAACAGAGGGCAAACUUAUUAGGAAAGAAUCUGGAUGAGGUACCCGGAGCAACAGGUCUUUUUGUCAGGGUAGUAUUGUCUGUCAACAAGCAACUGAGAGUCAAGCAGCAAUUUUUGGAUAUCUUCCACGAUCAAGAUUACCCUGUAGAGUUCCAAUACAGAUCAAAGGUGAUCCUAUUGUUUCAGAACAUUGAAGGAGUAGAUGUAUGCCUCUUUGGAAUGUAUGUCCAAGAGUUUGGAUCAGAAUGUGGUGAGCCAAACAAACGCUGUGUCUAUGUUUCAUAUCUUGACUCGGUGAAGUACUUCAGACCUGACAUACGAACUGUAGCUGGGGAAGCUCUUCGCACUUUUGUAUAUCAUGAAAUACUGAUUGGGUACCUUGAAUACUGCAAGAAACGGGGUUUCUCUACCUGUUAUAUAUGGGCUUGCCCACCUGUAAAAGGUGAAGAUUACAUAUUGUAUUGUCACCCAGAAUCUCAGAAAACACCGAAGUCAGACAAGCUUCGCCAAUGGUAUAGGUCAAUGCUGAAGAAGGCAUCAAAAGAAGAUAUUGUGAUCAGUUUCACUAAUUUCUAUGAUCACUUCUUUGUUCCAAGUGCGGAGUCUAACACUAAGAUAACAGCAGCUCGUUUACCAUACUUUGAUGGAGACUAUUGGUCAGGUGCUGCAGAGGAUAUGAUGAGGAACAUGGAUAAAGAUGGUAAAGGAGGAUCUCCGGGUAAAGUUAAGAAAGUGGUGACAAAGAGGUCUCUCAAAGCAAUGGGAUACAGUGACCUUUCUGCUGAAGCAGCUAAAGAUGUAAUUGUGAUGCAAAAGCUGGGGCAAACCAUUCUUCCCGUAAAGGAAGACUUUAUCAUUGUGAACCUGCAAUUCAAGUGUACAAAGUGCGAAGAAUUAAUACUAUCAGGAACUCGAUGGAGCUGUAAUGAAUGCAAAAAUUUUCAACUAUGUGCAAGAUGUGUUGAUAUGAAGCAAGGUGUCAAUGAGCAGAAGGAACACACUUCCUCUACUGGGGAGAAACAUUUUCUUACUCAGACCUCCGCGGAUCCCAUUCCUGCUGACACUGAAGAUAAUGAUGCCAUUAUAGAUAACGAUUUCUUUGAGCACAGACACUCUUUCUUGUGCUUCUGUCAAGAAAACCAUUAUCAGUUUGAAUCUCUACGCCGUGCUAAGCAUUCCUCAAUGAUGAUACUGUACCAUCUCUACAAAAGUAUUCAUUGCUUAUCUGGAGGUGGUCGUGAUUCCCAACUUCAACAAGCUGAGAGAGGAUUGCAGGUCAAGUUAAUGGAAUUAUUAGUGCAUGCAUCUCGGUGCCAUGCUAGCAAGAGCAACCCCUGUCCACUUCCUGAAUGCCAUAAAAUCAGACAGCUCUUUCGUCAUGCACAUGGAUGCACCAUUCGCGUAUCUGGGGGUUGUGAUGUUUGUAACAAAAUUUGGUUGCUCCUACGCAUGCACUCAAGGAAUUGUCAAGACUCAAGCUGUUCAGUGCCGCGCUGCAGGGAUCUUAAGAGGCAUGCAGAAGAGAAUGCAUUGCAGUCCAAUGUUCAUCAAAGACAAACGGUUGAAGAGCGAGGUUCUGCAUAAGGUCGGGUAAAGAGUUGAUCGUCCAAGUGUAUAGUGGGGUUGGAUCGGAUCAUCAACGAUGUACAGUGAAAUUCAGAGUCUCCAACAGCUAGUUGUGUUGGAGCUGACUGGCAAAAGUUUUUGUUGAAGUUUGCUAGAAAUGCUGGUACAUAACAAAGGAAACACCAUUGGCCUGAUAGUUUAGGGAGAAGAGUUAGGUUUCAACAACAAUUAUGGGUAGUGCAACGCUUCAUCUUAUGCCUAUCGAGUUUUAGGAAAUUUUAGAGGUCCAAUUUUGAUAUAAUUUAGCCGGAGAGAAUAUGGUUAAUUUGUAGAUUAUUGUGAACAAGUGAUAUUAGCUGUCAAGAAAACACUCGACAUAAUGUUGAGUAAACAUUUGCCAAUAAACUUGAUGAAAUAGUAUCAUUCAUACUUACUCUA